UCCAGUUAUCCAUGAAGCAGGUCUAUGCUAAUAUACUCUUGGAGGGGUGCUUCUGGUUAUGCGCAUUUGGGGAAACUGCUGCGAUCGUGUUGCCUCGCAUCUUCCCUUCGAAACUCCCAGUUGGUGUUCGUGUCCUGCUAGACGCCCUUGGCGGCCCAGACACCCGCCCCAUAAGUUAUCCAUUCAUUAUUGGGACAACUCUUAUGUCCCUCGCCGGUCUCCUACGCUGGCAAUGUUAUCGUACUCUUGGUCGAUUCUUCACCUACCGGCUCAGUAUCCGCAAGGACCAUCAGCUAGUUAAGAGCGGACCCUAUUCCAUUGUGCGUCAUCCAAGUUACUCAGCUGGUACGUUGUCUCUGCUUGGCGUGGUCAUUGCGUAUGGUCAUCCGGGGUCGUGGUUAAGAGACUCGGGUGUGGCAGAUAAUUUACUGGUGAAAAGUGCAGCCAUAGCUUGGGUUGCUGUGU